ACACUAAAUAGAUGAAAAUCGCGAGGUGGAAAAUAUGGACAUUUGGCAGAGCCCCCGCCCCCUCCAUCCCGCAUCGAUCGGCCUGAAAUUCGACUAUACGCACAGUGAGUCACAGCUUGCAGCGAUCACGCUGCAAGACUCGUCGACGACCGAGCGAGCUCUGCCGCAAGAGCCCCAUGCCCCACUACGCCAUCCCAAGAAAAACGGGUUUAGCAGCAAGAACCGGAACGCAUCGGCAGAAAAGCUCAUGCACCGGAGGAAACGAACAACGGCAGCCAAAGCGACAGAUCUGGACUCCGGAAAUGGCGGUGUGAACAUGAAUCCCGCAAGCUCCAGACUUCUUGACAGAAUGGCCACCUCCAUGGGCGAGGUUUGAAGUGGUUUCGAAACAUAAGCUUCUAUUCAAUUGACGCCGAAUAGCCCCAUACUCCGACAGCUUUUCUUGCCAGUGGCGAGAUUAGCAAGAGCCCGCAUCGCCGAUAUGCUUCCCUCGUCUGUCGUCCCGGCUGCAGCCGGGUGAGACGAAUUUAGGGGUUCUAGAGCUUUGUAACUUCCUCAUCGAGCACGCAGCUCGAAAUCACGGCAACGAUGUGUCGAAAUCGAGGAAGCUCCGUGGUUGCUUCGAGAUUUGAGACAAUUCACAUCGACACCUUUUGGGAAGUGACCUGUGCACUGAGACCCCGAUCUUUGCGACAAAAACCUAACGCCUCAAGUGACCAGAACCCUCUACGAGCAAAAGCAAAAGCUGAAUUCGGAAGUCAGCUCGCUGUCUCUGCAACGCGAGGCAUGCCAUCCCCGUUGCUGCUGGGCCAGGGUAGCUUUGUAUGGUCAGACAAGAGAGGAAAUGAAGUGUAGAAGGCAAAUGCGGAGUUGGCUGGAACCAUAUCGCAAUCGAAGAACGUCAACAGUCAGAGGUUCCUCAUUUCCCUUACCCGUCAUCUCGCAGUCUUUCGAACAUUUUUCGAACCAACAGCUCCUCGCAGCCGAUUAUGCUCGAUCCUAAACACGUGAGCUGAGCAGAGCUGAACUGAACCGAAGCCAUGGAAGCAUGGGGUAGCAUGUGAAUUUUGAUUGGCUGUUGCAAAGACUCGUUUUGAUUUCAGCGCUUAAAUGAAAAUUUGCCCCGGAUUGCAACAGACCUUUCAUAAGUCUUACAAAACUCCAUGAUUAGGCUCCGGCUCGGACAUGAGAAGCGAGAAGAGAAGCUCGGGUGCGUCUUGGUGUGAGAAAUGUAACAUUUAGAAGAUCGAGAUGAUCCUACUUGGUCUGUGUAAUAGCGCACUCUAUGCGACCUGAGAUCGGAGUAAGAUCGUCUCGAUAAGUCUACACGUACCUCAUUUCAGAGUCUUACUACCUCAGUCACUCACUCACAUGUCACGAUACGAAUGGAAAUCCUGAAAACUGAUCGUCGUGAGUGACCGCGGUCGAGGUGUUGGUCGCCAGUCGAUUCAGACUAAACUAGCAACGACUUCCACUCGAAUCGGUGCGAAGCAAAAGCAGAAGCAGGCGGAACGAUUCCAACAGGUUAAUCCAAUGACUUCCUACAUGGCUGCGCAGUCCAGCCCAUCUUUCGAUACUUGGAUCAGAUUAGUCCCUCGACUCUAACAGACUCGAGUCGAAGGUGCUCGUCCCACGGAUGACGAGCUUUCUCAGACGUAACCGAGUGUUCACAAGUACCUUCUGAACGAGCGACGAGCCAGCUCACCGAACUGCGAACGAGGGAGGAGCCAGCUCACGACAGGUCCACAUACCGAGCCGCGAAAUGAACGUGAGCAGUACGUAUGUCGGCGAGGCCGUUUGCAACGACAAGUUUGUUGCUACGAUGGCGCAAAUGAAGGGCCUCACACGCUCAGUGUACACGAUCUGUAGACAGGCGCUCGUAAUUACUUGGCAAUACGCCAGCUCGUGUAGCUGCUGAUUUCUUGUCGCGCAUGGACUCGGAUUCUGAUGUCUUCACCUUCACGAGUUGGCUGAGUUCCUACACGCUCAUGCAGAUGCUCCUUCGAGCUUCGUCCCUCACGUUCCCGAGACCUCGGACUCCAUGGCGCUCAUGUGCGCUUCGAUUCGGUCGUGGUAAAUAGAGUCAUUCGGGGUCAGUACCCGACACGACGAGUGGGGCGGGGAGUCCAGGAUUGGGAAUCGGACUUGGUACGCCCGAAUCAGGGGAAGAGGAAAAUGCAGAGACGAAUAAGAGGAAUGCAUGAGAAUGAUCUUGGAUCGCAGUUCGGACGCAGAGAUUCGAACCGAUUUGGACUUGCUGAAGAUUCCGCAUGAUUGCUCGCGGCGCAGAAGCAUGCGAAGAAAGGUCGGGAAUCAGCUCGGUGAUGAGCUCUGACUGAACACCUUUGGCGACCGGGGUGGGGCGGGGCAAACGUGGGGCAUAUGUGGGGCAUGACAACGACGAUCUGUCGGUGGAUAUGGAGCGCGAUUUCCAUGGCGGGACUGCUUGCCGUGACAGCUGUCCCGAGCACAGCUUCAGAUGCCGAGAAUUACUACUCGAGUACCUGCCCCGAGGCAACUACGAUCGUCCGUAACAUGGUCACUGGCUUUGUGAAGCAAAACCGGAAUCUUGCAGGAGCCCUUCAACGCUUACAUUUUCAUGAUUGCUUCGUGCGGGGAUGUGAUGCAUCCGUGCUCCUCAGCUCACCCUUCAAUACGGCAGAGAAGGACUCUAUUUCGAACAAAAACUCUCUCAGAGGAUUCGAGGAGAUCGACGAAAUCAAGGCCGCAUUGGAAUCGUCUUGCCCCGGCAUUGUUUCAUGCGCAGAUAUUCUGGCACUUACAGCUCGCGAUGCGACUGUCAAAGCAGGGGGGCCCAGCUGGUCGGUUGCUCUGGGUCGGAAGGAUGGAUUCGUAUCUCUACAAGCAGAGGCAGAUAAACUGCCUGCACCAUUCAUGAGCUACGCGCAGCUAGCAGCGAGUUUUGCUGCGGUUGGUUUGAGUGAGCAGGAUAUGGUCGCUCUCUCCGGAGCACAUACUAUCGGUCGGGCUCAAUGUGGGUCAGUUUUAUCUCGUCUGUAUGAUUUCAACGGAGUUACAAACUCGACAGAUCCAUCGAUGGACAAAAAACUGGUGAAAGAACUCAAGAAGAAGUGUCCGCACGGCGUCCAGCCGGGAAACUUCCUUCCCAUGGAUCCAACGAAGAACACAUUCGACCACCUGUACUUCACUUCGGUUUUGGCCAAGAGAGGACUCCUUGGAUCAGACGCACAACUUCUGAACAGUCCAGUAGGACUCGACCUUGUCACCAAAUACUCUCAACCAGGUUCAUCCUUUUUCAGCGAUUUUGCAGCGGCCAUGGUCCGAAUGGGCAGCAUUCAGUGGGCCACCCAAGGAGAGGUUCGAAUAAAUUGCUCUCAAACCAACUCCUGAACAAAUUUUGGCAAUGACUUGAACGAGAUCCUUUCGUGGUUUCUCAAAGAGCAAUCAAUUAUCCUGAAAUCGCAGUAUAGCCCGUUACUUGUAAUCUUGGAUUUCCACACAUUCUCUUGUUAUCGUACACAAUGCAACGAAAAAGCCACACCACCUGGUGGACUUCUGAGAAUGAACGAACGAAACAGGAUCACCAAACAUGUUUCUCGACCUUUUCCAGCCUUCCUUCAAACCAGCUGAAAGUUUUGAGCUCCUGGCUGUCACUCAACGGCAUCAUCAUCUUCUGCGAUGGAAAGUCGUGUGUAUGACCAUACUCUUCCAUUCACUAAGUUGGAAAGAAGAAGAGAUAUCUUGGAUUUCUUCGAUGAAUUCGACGACACGAUAUCAUGCUUUCUGAAACACUGACUCUUUGGUCUGAAAAGAGUAGUUUGACAGCUAUUUACAACCUUCGUUCAGGCUUUUCGAUUAUUGUUGAUUAACGGAGAGUCGUGAUGAUAGUUUCACAGACAAACAAAUACAGGGGUAGCACUGAUUGAUGAGGGUAUCAAAACUGCAGAUUAGAACUUGAGUUUAGCAGUAUCUUACAGUAUGUUGUGAGAGGCGCAAUCGGAUGAAUGAAUCUGGUUAAGCUACCGCUUGAACCCCAACCCUACAAUGACAACUUUCGC